AUGAGUGGUAAAACAGCCCUAAUCACCGGAGCUGCCAGCGGUAUAGGCAAAGCAACCGCCCACAAGCUCCAUGAACAAGGCAUAAACCUCAUCCUCACAGACAUCAACACCACCGCCCUCACCGAGCUCCAACAAGUCCUAGAGCCAGACACUCCAACAACACCAAAAAACCACAUCUAUCACCCCCUAGACGUCACCUCCAGCACAGCCUGCACCUCCCUCGCCCAAACAAUCUCCUCCUCCCCACUCCCACCCCUUACCUACCUCUUCAACUGCGCUGGCAUAAACCCCACCCCGAUCCCCAUCACAGAAACCACAGACGACUACUUCACCAAACUAGUAGACACCAACCUGCGCGGUACCUACAACGUCACAAGAGCAUGCAUUCCCCUUCUCCAAGAGAGUUCCUCCGCCUCCAUCGUCAACGUCUCCUCCAUCUGCGGCACGCAAGGCGCCCCAAACUUCUCCAUCUACUGCGCCACCAAAUUCGCCAUCGUCGGUCUGACAAAGGCCCUCGCACUGGAAUUGGGCCCCAAAGGCAUUAGGGUUAAUGCCGUUGCGCCCAGGUCAACCGAUAUCCCGACUAACGCGGCGAAGGUGGCUGGUGGGGAAGAAGCACUUGAGCGUGCGAGGGGCCGUAUUGCGCUGGGGAGGAUUGGGAGGCCGGAGGAGGUUGCUGAUGUGGUGGCGUUUUUGUUUUCGGAGGGGAGUAGUUUUGUGAAUGGGUGUGUUUUGGAGGUUAAUGGGGGGGUGAGGUGA